CCGGCCAACUGCUCUUCCUGCUCCACUGAGAUAGAUAAACAUUGGUUUCUUCUCCUCUCUAUUUCCCUUAUUUUCACCUUAUUUUCUUGCAAGGUCCAUGGAGAUUAUUAAUAGGUUUCGCUCCUCAUCUCUCUUUGUUCUCAUCUCAGGUUUUGUACUUCCUUUACUGGUUGCUUCCGUCGGCAUCAACUACGGUCAGAUCGCUAACAAUCUCCCCUCGCCGCAAAAUGUCGUUCCCCUGCUCCGCUCCAUCGGGGUCAGUAAAGUAAAGCUUUACGACGCAGAUCCCCGAGUACUUUGUGCCUUCGCCAACACCGGUGUCGAAUUCAUUGUGUCCCUGGGAAAUGAAUACUUGGAGAAGAUGAGGGAUUCGGAAAAAGCUCGAGUCUGGGUGAAAACGAACGUUCAAUCAUACUUGCCUGCAACCAAAAUAACUUGCAUCACCGUGGGGAACGAGGUUCUAACGUUUAACGACACAUCUUUAACGGAGCACCUCCUCCCUGCAAUGCAGAGCAUCCACGACGCCCUCGUAAGCCUAGGCUUAGACAAGCAGGUCAGUGUCACAACUGCGCACUCAUUAGCGGUGCUGGAGACCUCCUAUCCGCCGUCCGCCGGAGCUUUCCGCCGAGAUCUGACGGAAUACAUCUCGCCCAUCUUGAACUUCCACAUGAAAACGUGUUCCCCCUUCCUCAUCAACGCAUAUCCAUACUUCGCGUACAGGGCGAACCCGAAACAGGUCUCCCUGGACUAUGUUCUAUUCCAGCCAAACCCAGGAGUUGUGGAUCCCGGCUCUAACCUCCGGUACGAUAAUAUGCUGUUCGCUCAGAUAGACGCCGUGUAUGCUGCGUUGGCGUCGCUAGGAUGCAAGAAAUUGCCGGUUCAGAUUUCUGAGACUGGUUGGCCGUCCAAGGGUGACGAGGACGAAGCCGGCGCGACCCCCGAGAACGCGAAGAAAUACAACGGGAAUCUGAUGAAGCUGGUCGCUCAGAAGAAGGGAACGCCAUCGAAGCCAAAUUCUGAUUUGAAUAUAUACUUCUUUGCGCUGUUUAACGAAAACAUGAAGCCGGGACCGACAUCGGAGAGGAAUUUCGGACUGUUUAAGCCCGAUGGGACGCCGUCGUAUGAGUUUGCACUCGCCAGUACUAAUGGAAGUGGUAACAGCAAUGGCACAGCCGGUAACGGUGAUGGCAGCGGCGGAUAUUCCGCAAGUAUGCCUUCGCCGGCAGAUUCAUCAAAUGGUUACUUGUCUAUCUCUUCUGCCACGGUGAAGAUCUUCUUAUCUCAUCGGUGCUGCUGCGAUUUGUGGGUGGUUGAGCUCGUCAAUACUUUUCCUUUGAAGUAUUGA